AUGGUCGAUGUUGAAGUUGUUGAAAUUUUAGAUGUCGUAAUUUUUCAUUGGCGGUCUGAGCUGACGAGGAUUGACCACGGUGAUGAUUUAGUCUCAGUAGCAACAUCGAGGUUGUUGUUGUUUUCAAUGGAGCAAAAUGUCUUCUGCCUCCUCCUACUCAAUGAAACGAAGGUGGCCUUAAAUCCCAGACUAACUGCUAUUAGUAGAGAUACGAUAAGGCAGUAUGAAAUCAGCGCGGCAUUUAGCAUGUCAUUCAUCUAUCUGUUUGCUAAUAUAGGCAUGACUGGAAGAACGUGCAGAUGA